AUGAACUCGCUCCAGGGCCGGCCUUUGGUCGCGUGUGGACAGCAGCAGCACCACUCGGAGCUUUGCUGUAGUGGUGCGAGUGAUGAGGCGCCGUCCGCGUGUCGCGCCGCGCUGCCGCUCGCGAGGCGGGGGGGAGGGGGCGCGGCCACGCUCCCGCCGCCCCCGCCGCCCCCGCCGCCCCCGCCGCCCUCGCCGCCCCCGCUGGCAGACGUGACGGCCUGUCAGCUGGGAGGCCGCGCCGCGCCGCGCCACGCCAUGCGAUACCAUCGCGGCGCGCCGGUUAGCCCAGCCGGCGCUGAUCAAUAUUUCAGCGGCCUUCGCUGGCCACGGCGCGCCGAGCCGAGGCGAGGCGUAGCCGCAGCCACUCCCAUCGGCGCUCGCGCCGUCGCCUUUAAUCCCCACGCCGGCAACGCGUCUCCUCAAGGUCAGUCUGCCACUGGAGCACCCACUGUGAGGCCGUCUCGUCAGCUGUGGCCACCAGUCGGGGAGGCAGCUGAAAUGGCCGCCUGA